AUGCUUCCUCUGUCAACUCUGUCGAUCUAGCCACCCUUCGCAUAACAUCGAUAGCAUCUGUCUUCCUCAAAAUGUCCGAAAACAUGGUCAAAGACUUUGCCGACGUGCCCCAAAAGUUCGUCAAGGAGGGAACUCAGUUCAUCAACCGAUGUACCAAGCCUACUCAGAAGGAAUAUAUCCAACUCUGCCGAGCCGUCGCCGUAGGAUUCGCCGUCAUGGGCUUCAUCGGGUACUUUGUCAAGCUCGUACAUAUCCCAAUUAACCAGAUCUUGGUCGGAGGAGCAUGAUCCCCCUCUUAUUCCAUCCUUCACCUUGAUCCCUCUCUUCUCGACACCCUUCGACACUUUCCACUACACAGCAUGCGACAAAAUACUACGGAACCUUCAUACCCCUUUCCUUUCCCAACUUUUUACCAAAUCCAUACCGGUCCAGCCCAUCCACUCUGUCAUUCCUGUUCGGCCUCGCAAAACAUCCAUUUACCAUAUGAAGCGGGUACCUGCACAUCAGACGUGACUACGCGGAAAGCACGCGGAAAGCAAUUUGUUUGUUCUUGGAACACGGACGCGGUGUGGGGUAGGCGCAGGGACAGACGGACGAACGGGAGGAAGGGAGAAAUGACAUCCGAUGGGAGGGCAAUUCCAUUUCGUUCUGCUUCAUCAUUGGGAGAAUAUGCAUAGUUGUACAACAGAUUCGAUAUACAUCCUCGCCCUUGCUUC